CCCCGGAAGUUGAAGUUGUGGAAGUUCUCCCUGCUGUCUGCCACUGACAGUCCAGUGUUGCUCUCAGUGUUCACGAAGCGGGACCAGUAGCUCACAGGGAUGUCUCUGUCUUUCGAGGGAAGGGUUGUGCUCGUCACCGGGUCCGGAGGAGGACUCGGCAGGGAGUACGCGCUGGCCUUUGCUGAAAGAGGCGCCUCGGUUGUAGUGAACGACCUUGGAGUAGACAUCAAAGGGGGCGGGAAGAGUUCUGCAGCUGCUGAUAAGGUGGUGGAGGAGAUAAGAGCGAAGGGAGGAAAGGCCGUGGCGAACUACGACUCCGUGGAAGAUGGAGAAAAAGUGAUCCAAUCCGCACUCGAUGCCUUUGGAAGAAUAGAUGUUGUCGUGAACAACGCCGGGAUCCUUCGUGACCGAUCGUUUGCCAGGACGAGUGAUUUGGACUGGGACCUGAUUCACAGAGUUCACUUGAGAGGCGCCUUCGUCGUGACUCGAGCGGCCUGGAGCCACAUGAAAAAACAAAAGUUUGGCAGAAUCAUCAUGACGGCUUCAGCCGCGGGCAUCUAUGGUAACUUCGGCCAGGCCAACUACAGCGCUGCCAAGCUGGGCAUGCUGGGUCUGUCCAACACGCUGGCCAUCGAGGGGCGGAGCUACAACAUCAACUGCAACACGCUGGCGCCGGUGGCCGGGUCGCGCCUCACAGAGACCGUCAUGACCCCAGAGCUCGUGGCCUCGCUGAAGCCGGAGUACGUUGCCCCCAUGGUCCUCUGGCUCUGUCAUGAGCAAUGCCAAGAAACUGGAGCACUGUUUGAGGCGGGUGCGGGCUGGAUUGGAAAAUUGCGCUGGGAGCGUUCUCAGGGCUGCGUUGUGAGACAGAAAAACCAGCCCAUGACCCCCGAGGGGGUCCGGGACCACUGGGACAAAAUCUGCGAUUUCACCGACGCCACCAAGCCUACGAGCGUACAAGAGUCUCUCCAGUCCAUCGUAAGCGUGUUGGGCGCACUGGAGUCCGGUGGACAAGUGGGUGCGAAUCCGACGGCCGCCGCCUCGGCUUCAGGGAUCAAUCCCGCCAUGGCAGUGGGACACAAACUGGGGCGGUACACCUUCGACAUCAGCCCCACUCAGUGCAUCCUCUACGCGCUGGGGGUCGGCAUGUCCACCAAGGACCCCGACCAUCUGAGGUUCCUGUACGAAGGCCACCAAGACUUCGGCUGCCUGCCGACCUUCGGGGUCAUUCCCCCUCAGGCGGCCAUGCUGGACGGCGGGCUGAGCGCCGUCCCCGGACUCGACAUAGAUGUCACACGGAUAUUGCAUGGCGAGCAGUAUCUGGAGCUGUACAAGCCUUUUCCGACCUCAGGGACCGUGACCUCGCAGGCCACCGUAGCCGACGUGUUGGACAAAGGAUCCGGAGCGCUCAUCCUCUUGGACGUGAACACCUACAGCGGCGAGCAGCUCAUCUGCUUCAACCAGUUCACCCUUUUCGUGGUCGGCGCCGGCGGCUUCGGAGGGAGCAGAACCUCGGACAAGGCCAAAGCUCCUCUUCCUGCCAAACGGGCUCCAGAUGUUGUGGUGAUUGAUUCCACCACGAGAGACCAAGCGGCCUUGUACCGCCUGAGUGGCGACUGGAACCCCCUUCAUAUCGACCCCGGCUUCGCCGCCAUGGCAGGCUUCCAGGCGCCCAUCCUGCACGGCUUGUGCUCGUUCGGCUUCGCCGCCAGACACGUCCUCAAGGAGUUCGCCGGCAGCGACCCGUCCAGAUUCAAGGCCAUCAAGGUCCGCUUUUCGAAGCCGGUGAUGCCGGGCCAGUCGCUUCAGACCGAGAUGUGGAAGGAGGGCAACAGAAUUCACCUCCAGUGUAAAGUGAAGGAGACCGACGCCGUCGUCCUCGCCGGGGCCUACGUGGAUUUACACGCCGCGUCCGGGGCUUCUCCGGAAAGCCUCCCUCAAAGCGAGCUGCAGAGUGACCUGGUGUUCGCGGAGAUCGGCCGUCGCAUCAAGGACUCGGGCUCGGAGCUGGUCAAGAAGGCGAACGCCGUGUUCGCCUGGGAGAUCACCAAAGACGGAAAAACCGCCGCCAAGUGGACCGUGGAUCUGAAGAACGGCAGCGGCUCCCUGCAAAGGGGCGGUCCCAGCGGGAAGGCGGACGUGACCCUCACCGUGUCGGACGAAGACUUCCUGGAGGUGGUGCAGGGCCGACUGAACCCUCAGAAGGCGAUCGUCUCUGGCAAGCUGAAGGUUCGAGGGAACAUCAUGCUGAGUCAGAAGCUGGAGUUCAUCCUGAAGGACAACGCCAAGCUCUGAGCUCCUCGGCCCACCAAUCAGAUAACCAGAAACUAACAGGCUAACCAGCUCCUCUGAGCCCCCCCCCAAACACACACAAACACACACAAACACACACACACACUGCUGCUUCAGAAUGAAUUCUCUCAUAACUGAACUUUUCCCUGAAGCUGCAGAUGGACAGUUUUCUUCGUUGCUAUGACACAGCUCCUUAUGAUCCGUCCCUGCAUUUAAUACAUUGGCCUUUCAUAUGAAAAUUAAAUUAAACAAAUAGUUUUCUUCUUUUAUAGAUUUGAUUAAAUCAUACUGAUUUUUUAAAAUCAAGAUAUUAAGAGGAACACGCGUCUACGACAGGAAACCAGAAUUCCUCCCACUAUCGGGCGACUGUGCCGAUGAUAACAGCAACAAUCUCAACCUGUUAUAAAGCUCGGGGAAAUAAGCGCCUCUUUUUUCCCAGCAUGCCCAUCGAUCAUAUUUGGGAGCGUUUAACCUCACUGACCGCUGGUCGUAUGUAACUGAGCCUGUGAGAUGUAUAAUAAUGUAGAGUUUGCUAGUUAUGCAAAAUAAUGAUUUUCACUUUUCAUAAUGUCUAUCAAUGGUUGCUCUAUGAUAAUAAAGUAAUUCAGAUACAAAUCUAA